GAGGAAACUCCGAAUCCAGGACAUCAUAAAUUCUUACACCGUUCUAGAAGUUGGUCACCCUACUUCUCUGUUACUGAUACGAUAUUCAUUCAUUCAGGAUUUUUUUUAUCAAAUUGAAGAUAACAGACCAUCCGUGGCUUACUUAUUGUAAAGAGUUCCCUGUUCGUUUGUAAAGCAGACCAGGAUGGCGUUCUACAAGGGAGCAUCCAAGGAAGCAGGGCGAGCCAUGCAGCUGAUAAAGAAACGACAGAAAGAGCACGAUGAGAUGGAAGCUAAGAAGAAGAAAAUCGAAGAGGAACUGCAAGUUGGGAGCAUUCAUAAUAAAUUUGCUGCGCACUAUGAUGCUAUAGAACAGCAGUUGAAAUCGGAUACAGUUGGUCUUGUUACACUGGAUGAAAUGAAAGCAAAGCAGGAAGAUGUUAUAAAAGAGAGAGAGAAACAACUUGCCCUGAAAGAAAGGGCUAGCAAGUUGGAUAAGGAAAGAGAAAAAGAAAAGAAAAAAAGAGAGAAAAGGGCAUUACAGAAAGCUAUGUUGUCAUUUGAUGUGGAGGAAGAUGCAGAAGAAGAAGAGGAGGAGGAGGAGGAGCAACAAAAAACUGAAGAGAAAAUGUCAAUUGAAACAGAAAAGAAGAAAAAGAGGCUUGGAAUGAAUCCAGAUGUAGACACAAGCUUCCUACCAGACAAGGAUAGAGAAGAAGAAGAAAACAGGAUCAGGGAGGAGUUAAGGCAGGAGUGGGCUGCUAAACAGGAAGAGCUUAAGAACGAAAACAUUGAAAUAACUUACAGCUACUGGGAUGGCUCAGGCCACCGGAGGACAGUUCAAAUGAAGAAAGGAAACAGUAUUCAACAAUUUCUUCAACGGUGCUUAGAAACACUCCGAAAGGAGUUUGCCGAAUUAAAAUCAUGCUCUGUUGACCAGCUUAUGUACGUGAAAGAAGACUUGAUAAUUCCACAGCACUACACUUUCUAUGAUUUCAUUGUAACAAAAGCACGAGGGAAAAGUGGACCGCUGUUCAAUUUUGAUGUACAUGACGAUGUGCGCAUGAUCAGCGAUGCCAGAGUGGAGAAAGACGAGUCUCACGCAGGGAAAGUCUGUUUGAGGAGCUGGUAUGAACGUAACAAGCACAUUUUCCCUGCAAGUCGAUGGGAGCCUUAUGACCCAGAAAAGAAGUGGGACAAGUAUACGGUAGCUGAUAAAAAUGCUGCCAAGAUUACUGUCAAAUAAGGAAAGAAUUAAGCCCAUAAGUUGUGUGGUUCAAUACACUAUGGUAGCAAAUUUGCUAUUACAGACUUAGAUCACCAGUUUGUAUGACAGUGAACAGGAUAUUGAACAAACAUGAUAUUUCAUAGCAUUUUAUUGUAUAAAAUGUACAUGCAUACAUCAUUAAUACACUUGGACUUAACAAAAUUAUUCAAUAAUUGUGAUGUAAGUGUGGUUUCAACCGAAGUUAAUGUUAGGUAAAGUAAGAUUAUUUUUCAUAAUCUGUGUUACCCUUUCUCUCCACGCUUGUUUAAAAAACAAUUUUUGGAGAUCACAUUGCAGAUAAAUAAAUGGUUUUGUAACAUCAUGUAUAAACGUGCAAAAUAAAUUUAGAGGAAAUAAUUCAUAUUGGCCUGUACAAAAUAAUCUUCUACAACACACUGAAUGCCUCUUUCUGUAACAGUAAAAGCCAGAACAUUUCUUGACAUAAUAUUUUAACACCUUAUUUACGAUACAACU